GCCGAAUGCUCAUGAUUUCCGUCCAUUACUCUCCGGGUCCGACUUGAGAUUGUGCACAACUGCGUUACCUGCUCGACUUGUAUCAUAAAGUCCUAUCACUAUGAACGGACAACGCCCUCCUCCUGCCGUGCUCCAGACGCCGGGCUUCGCCCAUUUCGCGAUCGCCUGGUCGCCCUUCCACACGACGCGUCUUGCUUUGGCGUCAGCCGCCAACUUCGGAUUGGUGGGAAACGGGCGUCUGCAUAUAGUUUCCACAGCUCCCGCACCAGGGCCUACCGGAAUCUCGCUAAACAUCGAUAAAUUCUUUGAAACACAGGACGGUCUAUAUGAUGUGGCAUGGUCCGAAGUACACGAGAACCAUUUGGUCACUGCCUCGGGCGAUGGAUCCCUCAGACUGUGGGAUAUUAUGCAUAACAAUCUGCCGAUGAGAGCCUGGCAAGAGCACACUCGUGAAGUCUUCUCAGUGGACUGGUCCAAUAUCAAAAAGGAUACUUUUGUUUCUGCGUCAUGGGACGGGAACGUCAAGAUUUGGACGCCCGAGAGACAGAGGUCUGUCCUCACACUAAACGCCCAUCACGCAUGUGUGUAUCAAGCAUUGUUUUCUCCGCACCAACCAGACGUCCUCGCCACUUGUUCAACCGAUGGAACGAUGAAGAUAUUUGAUCUCCGUGCUCCUGCAUACGUCUCGGGCGGCCCUGGAGUCAGCAACUUCACCAAUCCAAUGUCUGCUGCGGCUCUGACCGUACCCGCGUCCGGUGGAGAAGUACUUUCCCUCGACUGGAACAAAUAUCGUCCAUUUGUUCUAGCCACGGGAGGUGUAGACAAAAUGGCCAAAGUGUGGGACUGCCGUAUGAUUAAGCUGCAGGAGACGGGCGGAGUUGGUGGAGCGUGCGAGAGUCAACUCCUUGGGCACGAAUUCGCGGUUCGGAAGGUCCAGUGGAGCCCACACCGUCCUGAAGUGCUCGCAACUGCUAGUUACGACAUGAGUUGCCGAGUAUGGAAUACUGCGGCAACCGGGGCACCACAACUGAUGUAUAUCCACGAUCCUCAUACUGAGUUCGUGGUAGGAUGCAGCUGGUCGCUUUACGAUGAAGGAAUAUUGGCGAGUUGCGGAUGGGACAGUCGGUUGAAUGUCUUCAGGAUCUGA